AUAAACCAGCACGCGCCGACUACUUGAACAUUCUAGAACUCCGAGAAUCAAUUUCCCUGAGGGUCUCACAAACUUCAAACACCUCACAGUAGAAUGUCUGCACUUCCUGCAAAGCCCGGCCUUCGCCUCAGUGUGUCAGAGUGGUACAGCCGCAACCACCAGCUGUCUGCCACUGCUCAACACGAGCGACUUAUUUCUAAUGUGAUUAGACAAGAUGGGAGGUCGCUACGCAACGAGACCAACUGCAAGACGACCUGGGAUGAGAGUGACACCUCUCGCAGGUUGAGGGACAGGGUUCUGGAUGUUGGUCGAUCGAAGGACGUGUUGGAAACCUGCGCGCAGAAAGUGGAUGAAGAGAUGGAGGCUCUGACCCUGUCUAAGGAGCAGACCGAGCAGGCCCUGGCUGCAACUGUCAUUCCUCUGGAGGUCAGCACAGAGUGUGUGACGCUGAGGGAGGGACGGCGAGGGUGCGAGCUGGUCAUCGACCCCGUGGAUGAGCAGCUGAAGAAAGAGGUGGAUCUGAUAGGGAGAGUCCAGCAGGUUCUGCAGCAGCACAUAGACAAGGCCUUCGAACAGCUGAGUGUUUUGCAGGAGGCUCGACAUCAGCUGACCUCUGACCUCCAGAACAAGAUGGACACUCUGGACAUUGACAUGUCCUGCCUGUCACUUACAAUAAAGUCCCCUCAGAUCUCCCUGAAGACCAACCCGACUCGCAUACCAUCAGGCUCCUCCACCCCCCAGGAGUGGCUGCAGUUCAGCCAGUAUAAUGUAUCUCGUGCCCAGGAGGCCAUGCAGGUGUCCCAGCAAAUGAGGGAGGACAUGAGUCUCACCAGAGCCCAGCUGCAGAAUGAGUUGGAGACUCAGCGGAGGGCCACAGAGUUUGCUCUUCGUAAGCGUAACCACCACGAGGAGCAGGCCCGAGAUGAGCUGGAGUGGCAGAUAAAAACAACUGAAGAUGAAAUGACAGAGAUGGAGAGCGACAUCCACGGACUGGAUACAGAUCUGCAGGCGAAGACGGCCGCCCUGAAACUGGCUCACACCAGACUGGAGAACAGGACCAACAGACCGGGCAUGGACCUGUGCAGAGAUGAGGUUCAACACGGCCUCGUUACUGAAGUCAAUCAGCUGGAGGCCACGAUCCUGGCUCUGAAACAGAAGCUGUCUGAGGCUCAACACUCUCUGCAGAAGAUGAAGCUCCAUCAUGGCCGCAUGCUGCAGGAUCUGUCCAGAAAACAGGAAGCUUUAUCUCUGGAACAACGGAGCAUGAACACCCGCACCCACUUGACGUCAGCCUCCUGCUCCGGCAAAACCCCGGUCCUGCUGGUCCCUCUCACCAACUCCAGUGGGAGGAGCAACCUGCAGCUUCUGGCUCAGUAA